GGGCCAGGGCCUGGUUUAGAGCGUUGUAAAGGUAAGGGGGUUCCCCGUAAUUAUUCACCCGCGAGACGAAGAAGAGGACGUUGUAAACGCAACGCUGCGGAACUAGGGUUUGGGUUUUAGGGUUUGUAGGAGAGGAGGAGGAAUCGCGAGAGAGAGAGAGAGAGAGAGCGAGAGGAAGAAGGGGGAGGAGAGGAUGGUGGUGAGGAUUCGGCUGUCGCGAUUGGGGUGCAAGAACCGGCCGUUCUACCGGGUGAUGGCCGCCGACAGCCGCUCGCCCAGGGACGGGAAGCAUCUCGAGCUCUUGGGCUACUACAACCCCUUACCAGGGCAGGAUGGUGGUAAGAGGAUGGGGCUUAAUUUUGACCGGAUUAAGUAUUGGCUAUCAGUAGGCGCACAGCCGUCGGAGCCUGUUCAGCGCAUCCUGUUCCGGGCCGGGCUUCUUCCGCCCCCACCUAUGCUUGCAAUGACUCGUAAAGGUGGGCCCCGCGAUACCCGCCCUAUCGAUCCGAUGACCGGUCGAUACUUGACCCCUGAUAACACUAAAUCCACCGAUGAACCCAAGAGCGCUGGAGAAGAAAGCGAAGCAAAAUAACAAGCAGGGGCCAUUACGCCGAGAAAUUAUUGCCCAGAUGUGUUCCGUCUCGCCAGCCUCAGACCGAUCAGCUGAUGUGGCAGACCAGGUCCCGGCAAAUAGUUUCUCUAUGAAGCGCGAGCUUCCGCUUUUUGGUUUAAAUUUGUGAAAGAAUUUCUCCUACAGUGUCACUACUGUGUGUCGAUAUGAGGAAUAUGCUACAGUCCAUGAUGCAUGAUUUCUAGUGCACUUUUUGUAAUCUGCACUUUUUCUCUAGGGAUUGUAACUUACAAAUGCAUCACAUUGCACAAUUCCUUUCUUGUUAACUGUCCAUGCAACUGUGUACUUAACCUUUUUAUUAGCUUUUGUUAUUAUGUUA